AUGGGAAAGAAGACCCCUAAACGCAUGAAUGAUAAUCUCCUUGAAGCUGCUAAAAAUGGAAGAGUAGAGGAAUUGAAGCUUUGCCUAGCGAAUGGAGCUAACAUUGAUUAUCAACAGAGAGGUGGAUGGACAGCAUUAAUGUCGGCUGCCAGUGCAGGACAUGUGGAAGUGUGUCGACUUCUCCUGGAGAACAGAUGUAACAAAGAUAUCACAUCACAGUUUGGACAGACAGCAUUAAUGGUGGCUGCCAUGGAAGGACAUGUGAAAGUGUGUCGACUUCUCCUGGAGAACAGAUGUAACAAAGAUAUCACAGCAGGUAUUGGAUGGACAGCAUUAAUGUGGGCUGCCAGGGAAGGACAUGUGGAAGUGUGUCGACUUCUCCUGGAGAACAGAUGUAAAAAAGAUAUCACAUCAGAGGAUGGAGUGACAGCAUUAAUGUGGGCUGCCAGGGGAGGACAUGUGGAAGUGUGUCAACUUCUCCUGGAGAAAAGAUGUAACAAAGAUAUCACAUCAGUUAGUGGACGGACAGCAUUAAUGUGGGCUGCCAGGUUAGGACGUGUGGAAGUGUGUCAAGUUCUCCUGGAGAACAGAUGUAACAAAGAUAUCAGAGAUAGAGAGGGAAGAACAGCUUUACAUCUGGCUGCUGAGGAGGGAAAGCUACAGGUCACAAGAUGUCUUAUAGAACAAGGGGGUAUCAGUCCCUUGGUAAAAACAUUUAAGGGUGAGACUCCAUAUGAUCUAGCAGCAGCAAUAAAACAGGGGCAGUAUAAAUGGAGGGAGUAUAAAGAGGUGACGGAAUACUUAAAGGUACAUAACAUUUUUAUUUCCAAAUACUAA